AUGGCAACCGCUCAGACAACGUCAAGGAAGAAAACUGUUCUGACGAUCAAAGAAAAAUAUCUUGCUUUGAAAGAGCUUGAAAAAGAAGGAACAACUAAAAAGUCUAUUGCUAAAAAGUAUGGUGUCCCACCUAACACACUUUCAUACUGGGUUAAGAAUAAAAGUGACAUUUUUACCAAGUAUAAAUCAGGCCAGUAUGGAGUUAAAAGACAAAAGCUUUCUUCCGGAAAAAAAGAUAACAUUGAUAAAGCAGUUUACAAGUGGUUCGUUAACGCUCGUGAAAGAACUGUGCCGAUUAGUGGUCAAAUCAUUCGAGAAAAAGCAUUGGAUUUUGCAAAGCAAUUCAACGAACCUGAUUUUAAAGCUUCAGAAGGCUUGCUAGACAGAUGGAAGUACAGACAAAACAUCAUUUACAGAAUUAUUUCUGGAGAGGAAAAGUCUUGUACACCAGAGAUGACAGCAAGCUGGGAAGAAACACACCUGCCAACCAUUUUGUCACGCUAUGAUUUACAAGACAUUUUCAAUGCUGAUGAAUUCGGCUUGCUUUACCAGAUGCUUCCAACAAAUACCUAUCAUGCCAAAGGACUUGCAGCAGGAAAUGCCCUAGGUGAAAAGUUGCCCAUGUUCGUUAUCGGAAAAUCGGUUACACCGCGCUGUUUCAAAGGAGUCAGAAGUCUUUCCUGUCAGUACAAAGCUCAAAAGAAGGCCUGGAUGGAUUCUGAAAUCUUUACCGAUUAUGUGAAAAAACUCGAUGUUAAAUUUGAAACUGCGGGUCGAAAGAUUGUCUUGAUAAUUGACAAUUGCCCAGCUCAUCCAGAAGUCACUGGUCUUAAAGCAGUAGAAUUAGUUUUUCUACCUCCAAAUACAACGUCUAAGACCCAGCCCAUGGAUCAAGGUGUAAUCCGAGCAUUGAAGGCAUAUUACCAGUCAAAUCUUGUGAAACGUCAAAUAAAGUUCAUUGACGGCGGUAAAGAGGUCCCUAAAAUUAACAUUCUUGAAGGGAAGAAAAUUUUGGUCAAAUCAUGGGACGCUGUUUCAAAAGACACCGUUAAAAACUGCUUUAAGAAGGCAGGCAUCUCAAAAGAAACACAGAUCACGAGUCUCAAUGAUGCUGAUGACCCAUUUAAAUCUCUUUCUGACAGCAUAAGCGAGUUGAAAAAAAGAGAAGUUGACGGCGACAUCUUUAACGCAGAUGAUUUUGUGGAUAUUGAUUUUGAGGUAUGCACGAGUAAAUCAAUUGAAUUGACUGAUGAGGAAAUCGUGGAAAUCGUACUUAAUGAGGACAAAGAUCAAAACGCGCCGAAUCUCGAAGAUGACGAUGAUGAUGAAAUUGAGGCACAUGACAUCCCCCCGAAGAAGCCAAAGCAGUCAGAGUUGGAAGAGGCCUUAGAAUUGUUGGAAAGAUGGUCUUUGUUUGACGAGAAUGGUCUUGAAAUCAGAAAGCAGUUAAACAUGAUAACACGUACAUGUCAAAAACACUACAUGGAUAGUAACCCAAAAUUGCACUGGCGCGGUAUAAUGCAGUCUGAUAUUCUGAUAUGCUAUAUUAAUAAUAGACGUACUCUCUAUGUGCGAGAAGAAAGUCGUGUUACAGAAGCACGAAAUCUAACAUAUUUGCCAAUAUAUAAUGCAAUUCCUCUUUCUUGGUUACAAAAUGAUUUGCAUAUUGCUGGGACCCGAAGAAGGAUAGAACAUGCUUAA